GGACCUCCCCGGCGAAUUCGGUCACUCUAACGGGGACGUUCUCCAAGAAAUUUUCUGAAUUUCCCGGUCUCCACAUGGACGGCAUUAACAAGUACAACGAAUUCGUAGCGCUGCACAAGCCGCAGCUGGAAUCUUCAGCGAUUCCGGUGCACUUUUGGCCAGCUCUUUACAGGAAACUGACUACGGACACCUUCGAUGCUGGCGAGGCACUGCAGUUGAUGUUGAUCGACUACGACGAGGAUGAGGAGCAGAAUCCCGCCGAAGACGACGACAGUCCUAGUCCGGUUUUUGCACUAGAAGUGGCUCGGGAGCAGGGCGUAAAAGCGAAUGAUCCACAGGCCAUAUAUUUGGUUGAUCAUGCCUGGACAUUCCGGUUGAACAGCGCCCGCCAGCAAUUGGAACAGCACCCGCAGCUGACGGACCGGCUGUCCGCUAUAACCGGCGUGGAUCUGGAGCUGGAGGAUCGCGUAGACAAGAUAUUGCGACGCCUUUGGAAGUAUUGCCAUGCCUAUUCCAUCGGCAGCGAGGGACUAUCGGAUGAGGAGCGGCAGCCCAUCUGGUAUGUGAUGGACGAGGUCGGGUCGGCAGUAAACCACUCGGAUGAUCCCAAUUUUCGGCUGGUACCGCUCCUCUAUCUAAACACCCAUACUACGUACAGCCUGCUCUUUCCGAUCCGGGACUCCGAGGCUGGAGAUCAGGUCACCCGCGAUGCGGUUGAGUACGUGGCUAAAGAUGCACCACAGCGGGCUGCUCUUCUUUUGCCCUGGCGCGAUGCCGAUCUUACGGGCGAGAGCUUUUUGCAGGUGGAACCGCCAGCUGAUUAUUUCAGCAGCGGUCACUUCCCUGAAACUUAUCCCACAGACAACACGGAUCCACUGCCAGCAAGGUCACGUUGUGAUCCCCUCAAGGUGUAUGCCGAGUACGAGGUGGUGCGUCAGCAUCUUACUUCGCCCGAGUUCAUUCUAGUGAGCAACGAAAGCGAAGCGGACGUCCUGUGGCUCACUCGUCACUUUAAAAACUUUAAGGAACUUUCCGACCAGUCGCCUGAAAAGUUCAUCAACCAGUUUCCUUUUGAGUAUGUAAUCACCAUCAAGGAUCUGCUCAGCAUAGUGGGUCGUCGGGCGGCCAAGGAGCACCACAAUGGCCUUACGCUGGAAACGUACCCAAGUUGGCUCCCCACGACCUAUAAUUUGUCUACGGAACUCAAGGAGUUUGCUGCUUAUUACCAAACAAGGACAGCCAAAGGACUGGAUAACCACUGGAUCAUCAAGCCGUGGAACCUGGCUCGUGGCCUGGACACUCAUAUUACAGAUAACAUAAAGCAGAUUGUGCGUCUGCCGGCCACCGGACCAAAAAUUGCCCAAAAGUACAUCGAGCGACCAGUCCUCUUCAGUCGAGAUGAGCUGAAUGGACUCGUCAAGUUUGAUAUUCGCUAUGUAAUUUUACUAAAGAGCGUAAGACCGCUUAAGGCUUAUGUUCAUCGCAAGUUUUUUCUGCGCUUUGCCAAUCACCCAUUCUCAUUAGACCAGUUUGAUGACUAUGAGAAGCAUUACACGGUGAUGAACUACAAGGAGGAUACGGAGCUGCAUCACGUCAAGUGCGACGACUUUCUGACUCUCUGGCGGAAGCAGUAUCCGGAGAACAGUUGGUCGAGGCUGGAGCAGCAGAUUUGUGAAAUGCUGCGAGUGGUGUUGCAGUGCGCCAGCCAAGCAGACCCGCCCUGCGGAUUGGCACCCUGUGCCCAAUCCCGAGCUUUAUACGCAGCUGAUAUUAUGCUCCGAUGGAAAGACGAUAAGGAGAAGGUCAUGGAACCGCAGUUGCUGGAGAUUAACUGGACUCCCGACUGCAAACGGGCCUGCGAUUAUUAUCCCGACUUUUUCAACGAUAUCUUCAAGCUCCUUUUUCUGGACGAGGAUAACAACGAAAGCUUUCUUUUGCUGACAGAAGACUGUUGACAUUAAUAAAAAGACAUGUUUUCCUAAUGCUUAA